AGAUUUAUUUCUUACAGUAUCGAUUGAUUGAACCAUAGAUCGUUUAUAUUUACUGUUCUAUGAUUGAACGAAUAAUUUUAUUACAUGCAUAAAGUUUUCAAUUGAAAUUGGUCUGUCCGGAGGGCCAUUUUUAUUGAGAAGAGUGAAGAACAAAGACAAAACAUUAUUAUACGUCAAGUCAAUACGGAACUUGUCAAAUUGAAAAAUGGCCGAUGGCGAUACUGAUACUCAUACAUUUACAUGUACUGUCACUGAUCCACAACAGCAACAGCAACUUCCUAAACAACAAACGUCAAAACGUAAACGAAAUGAACGAAGAAAACUUGUAAGCGACUGGGCGAUUGAAAAGAAGAAAGAAUAUGACAAACAAUACAAUAAAAAAAGAAGAAAAUCAUCGAUCAACAUUGUGUCAGAAAUUGAUCGUUGGAACAGAUUUAAAUUGGAGACUAGUACAUUGAAUGAUGAGGAGAUGGCCCAAAUACUGUUGGAUCAUUAUGAACGAACACCCAGUAUGCUGAAUGGGACACCUGUAUACGCAACACAGUUUACCAGUUUAAAUAAUGUCAUUGAAAUUUCUAAAAAACUGAUUGAAUCACAAACUAAAUCAGCGAAUGAAAUUUCAUCUCACUGUUCUGAAAUAUCUGGUUAUGAAUUUCACUGCAAUAAAAUUUUAGAAUCUUGUAAUCAGAUUGUUUCAGAAACAUUGAACACUAGCUAUACUGUGAUAAAUCUCUGCCAGUUAGUUAUUGCGGAAGCAGGCGUGUCGCCAUCCUCCUUGAAAAACAUAAAUAAUAUUUCGGAAAUUGCGAAAAGACAAGUUGGCGCUCCCACGAAUAAACUAUCAACCAUGAUCGAUACAGCUUCCUUGAUGAAUCUUUACAUUGAUAAUGCUGAAAGGGUGUCAACUUCUGCUGGAACUGUAUCUGAAAAUCGUGUAGAAGGAAAUGAUGUAGAUGUAGAUCUAUCUAAAGUAAAAGUAGAAAAAGAUGCUGUAUCCUGUUCUGUUGACAUGGCAACAGGACAUUAUAAAGAAGCAAGUGAGAUGGAAAAUCAAAAUGAAAUAGAAGAGAGACAGAUCAGUUCAGAAGUAGAAGACCAUACUGAGAACAAGACUGAAGAUCAUGACAAUAGAGAUGAGGAAAGUGAAAGUAGUGUUGAAUUGUCUGAUAAUGAUGCUUUAGAAUAUGAUGAUAAUAUAAAUAAUGAUCCUGACUGGGACGUGGUAAAACAGUUAGAAGAAAAUAAAGUUUGUACCGACCCCUUUAAAAAAGAGAAAUCGUAUAAAAGACGCAAACGAUCGCAUCAAAAUGAUUUUCUUUGUGAAGUUUGUGACAAACAUUUUGACUUGAAAAAAGAACUGAGAAAACACAUCUUUUCUCAAACUGAUGAAAACCAUCUUAAACUUCAUAAGAUGAUGAGUCCGGUGAAAAAAAAAAGACAGUGUGAACUUUGUGGUCAAGUCUUUUCUUAUGCUCAUAAUUUCAAAACUCAUAUGUUACGUCAUAGCGGAGAAAAAAACUUUGCCUGUGAUCAAUGUGAUUACAAAGGCUAUACCAAUAAACAUUUAGCAAAACAUAUGAUUUGCCACAAAGCAGUGAGGGAAUAUAUAUGUUAUCAUUGUGGCAAACAAUUUUUGCGUAAUGCAGGAUUGACGAGACAUCUCAUAUAUCAUACAGGUGUUAAAUCAUAUCAAUGCAAUCUGUGCCCUAAAAAGUUUGUACAAAGUAGUCAUUUGGCUCGUCAUAAAAAAACUCAUAAAGAGGACCUGCCAUACGCGUGUGAAAUUUGUGGAAAGCGUUCUCGUCAAGCGUAUAAUAUAACUGUACAUAUGAGAACACACAAUGGCCACAAACCAUUUUCUUGUGAAAUUUGUGGUAACAAGUUUGCACAUAAUGUUUCAUUGAGACAACAUAAGAAAUCAUGUCACGGUGAGAUAAUCAAUAAGGCUGGUGGAGAUGAUUCAAAUACUCUAAAAAUAUAAUGUUAAAUUUGUACAGACACACACAUCUAAUGUUGAAAGAACAUAAAAAAAACCUUGGUGAAAUAGUCAGCAAGACUGGUUAAGACUAUGUGAAAUAAUUUAGAAUAAUUUUAAAAUUUAAAGCUUAAUGUGCACAUGUGUAUGUAGGCCUAUUUUACAUUAGAAAAUUGUUGUCACUGUGAAAUAGUCAGCAUGGCUGGUGGAGAUAAUUUAUAAUAAUCAGAAAAUUUAAAUUAAACAUCAUUGAAUGAAA